GAGACGCUUGCGGCCCCGCCCCCUCCUCCUCCAUAGUCAGUUUGGUGUGCCGCCGACGGGCAGAGAGUGACGGGGAGGUGGCCGGAGCGCGGACGGCAGAGUGUGCGGCCACCGGGCUGACAGGCCGCGGCUUCCGUAGGAGGCAGACGGCGGCAUACACCCCUUCACUUCCGUGGCCGGGCUGCUGCUAGUGGCCUCGGGAUGUCAGCGACUUAUGGCUCGCUGGGGCUAAUGACAGGAGGCGGGGAAGCGGCGACGCUGGCCACUAGUGCCCCGCUGCUGUCCCAGCCUCAGGAGAGCUUCCCUCCGCUGCCCCCGCUGCCAUUAGCCUUCGAGGGCCUGGGGCUGGGCCCUGUGGAAGAAGCGGACUCCCUGGACGGGCCGGAGUAUGAAGAGGAGGAGGUGGAGAUUCCUCUCAGUGCGCCCCCCACCAACCAGUGGUAUCAUGGUAAACUGGACAGAACCAUUGCGGAGGAGCGCCUUUACCAGGCUGGGAGAACCGGGAGCUAUCUUAUCAGGGAGAGUGAUCGACGGCCGGGGUCCUUUGUGCUGUCUUUUCUCAGCAAAACAAAUGCAGUCACCCAUUUCAGGAUUAUAGCAAUGUGUGGCGACUUCUACAUCGGAGGGAGGAGGUUUUCUUCACUUUCUGAUCUUAUAGGAUACUAUAGUCAUGUAUCUUGUUUACUUAAAGAAGAAAAACUCCUUUUUCCAGUGGCACCACCAGAGCCAGUGGAAGACAGGAGAAGAGUACGUGCCAUUCUUCCCUACACAAAGGUCCCAGAGACUGAUGAAAUCAGUUUCUUGAAAGGAGAUAUGUUUAUUGUUCAUAAUGAAUUAGAAGACGGAUGGAUGUGGGUUACCAAUCUUCGCACUAACGAACAAGGCCUUAUAGUUGAAGAUUUGGUGAAUGAAGUGGGCAGAGAAGAGGAUCCCCAUGAAGGCAAGAUGUAAGUAGGUUUCUUCUGU